AUGUGCAAGCCGCAGGAACCGAUGGAUCUACCGAUCGCCGACUUAUACGCACGCCUGGAUUCUGCUUACACGGCACCGACAAUGUGGAUCGCCCAGUGGGUGAAAUUCUUCAGUACAAAGCAGAAGCCGGAAGCGACCUUGAUCCAGUUUUCGGGUGACCUUCGGGCGAAGGCGGAGACAUGUAACUUUCCGGACGACGUAAGGGAGAAGAAUAUGAUUGCAGCAUUCGUCAUGGGGCUGAAAGAUGAAGUGGCGACGAAGAAACUCUGUACAAAGUCGCUGGCAACACUUCAGGACGCCUUGAAUGCCGCCAUUGAAAUAGAAAUGACCAGAAAAGAGUUGCAAAUGGACGAUGUGAAAACUGAAGUUAACAAGAUUUCCCAGAAAGGAAGGAAGAACAGUCAGGGUGCCGGGAAAGAGUGUUACCGGUGUGGCCGCCGCAACCAUUCCCCGGGCAGCUGUUACUUCCGCGACAAGCGGUGCAACACGUGUGACGAAAAAGGGCAUUCGUCCCGGAAGUGUCCCGAGCGAACGAGUAACAAGUACAUUUCCGCCGAGGAGCGAAGGCCAUACGACAUCCUGUAA